UUCCGCCUAUCGAAUGGUUGCCUUGCGGAGAUUCCGACAUUCCUCUUGUUUCUGUGUUCUGCACUUUUGCGUUCGUUGUUUUUUCCUGAUUCAUAGCAUGUCUUUGCCGCUCGACUGCGGACUUCGAUCUCUGUCGCGAGUUGGCAACAUUCUGAGAGGAUUCCGACAUCGUCUUCUUCUCGCGGGUAAAGGCUUUCAUCAUGUCGCAGGACUGGGGGAAGGAUCCGAUAGACUCGUCCACAAGCGCCCGACAAGGUCAUAACACGAAGACGUUUGACUCGCCGUUCAAGGCCGACCCGAAAGUCGACGACAAGAGGGACGACCCAGUGCGGCAUUUCGUGGCCAGAGGGCAUUAUUUGGAUGGGUCAAUGGCGGCGGGUAGGAAGAGUGGUCAUCGAUGCCUGUGUAGGUUGUGCGGGCGUUCGAUUUGUGGGGGCGCUAAAGCCGCCAAGGAACACUUCUCAAAGAGCGAGAAGUUCCGCUGUGAGGCAACCACUCCUGUUGUGUGGUAUGCGAUCUGGUCGAACGACAUGACAAAAUGUCCGAAGGAGUUCGCGUCGGCCAUUAAAACUUUGCAGAGCUUUUUGCCAGGCCAUCCGAGCUUGCAGAGGCCACCUCUUCGAUUCCCCGAGGACGCAGUGCCGCCGCCGGUUCCUGGCACCGCCACUUCUGGACCGGUCGCAUCGCCCAAUUCUGGGGCUCCCGCUAUUCGAGUCACGAUAGCGCGUCCUGCGACAACAGUCGCAACACGACCGGCAGCCCCACCGUCUGCACCGCUGGCUGCGACACGAGGUGCUCGCGAUGUGGAAGUUGGUCGUUCCGCGCCAGCCAACGAGCCCCCGCCUGUGAGGAAUAGCGCGGGCUCUGAGGCAUUUAACGAGGAGAGCGUACGUGCUUUUUUUGAAAGUCGCAGGAUGCCGUUCAACUCCUCGAAGCUUGAAAGCUUCAAACGCAUGUUCACGAUGAUAAUCCCGCCGGGGGUUUCGGGGGCGGCCGCGCCUAGACUUCCCUCCUACCACAUGCUGCGCACGACCCUUUUGGACGAGCUGGAUGGUGAGGUCCAGAAGUGUGUUCGGCCGGUGCUUGACACGUCGAGAGAGACCGGUUGCACAAUCAUGACCGAUGGUUGGACCAACAUCCGUGGCCAGACGUUGUACAACUACCUUGUUGGGACAGAGAUCGGGGUAGUGUAUGUGGCCACCGACGUCAUGCGCGACAAAAAGGACGCGAGUGCCCUCGCGAACGCAUGGUUGAAAAGGGUGAAGUCCAUGGACAUUCAAUUGAGCGACAUCACAACGUUCGUGACAGACUCCUCCGGGGUGAACGUCGCGACGAUGAAGGUAUUCCAAAAAGAUGAGAGCGUGAAACACAUCUUCUGGAUUCCUUGCGUCACCCACGUCAUGGAUCUCGUUCUCGAGGACAUCGGCAAGAUUAAUUGGGUGGCUUCCCGCAUUGCGCAAGCGAGGCUGGUUACACGGUUCUUCAAGCGCCAUGGACAUGCGAGAGAGGUUUUUGAGGCGCACUCGACGAAGACUCUUUUGCUACCGGCGGAGACGCGUUUCGACACGAACGUCAUCAUGAUGGACAGGUUGGUGGAACUGCGGGCAGCGUUGACAGAUGUUGUGGGCAACGAUCGCUGGCGUGAGACUGUUUGGUCGACCAGCAAGAUCUGCAAGGACACCGCGGAGGUCACUGCGUGUAUCGGCUCCCCUCCAUGGUGGGAGGAUUUGAGAGCUCUGUGCAAGAUGCUCGAGCCCAUCAUAGACAUGCUGAAGUUGGCGGACAGCGACACACGCCAAAUCAGCAAGAUUCUGCGAUGGUACGAGGAGAUGAUUGCGUCUUGUUUAUCUGCAUAUCGUGACAUUGAUCGGGACCAGCAGGACGCUAUUGUCGAGGUUUUCAUCAGGCGGCGCACCAUGUUCAAGACCCCCGCCCACACAGCAGUCAUGCUGCUAGAUCCAGAAUUCCGGGACGCGACGCUGUGUGACGAUGCGGACGUGCAGCAGGCCUUGGUCGAGGCCCUGGUACAGUUCAGCUACUUGGAGGGAUCGCCUCAGCACCGGGAGGUCCAACGAGCGGUCGCCAAGCUCCACAUGAGGGAGCCCCUUUUCGUUGAGCUCACCAUGCGGCGAGUUGCGCAUAUCUUUGAUCACCCUGCCAGUUUUUGGUCCUCUAAGAAGGGGAAGUUCCCUCACACGGCCGUGUUUGCAGGCAGGAUUCUUCAUAUAUGGACGACCGCAUCACCGUGCGAGAGAGCCUGGUCUCGUUGGAGCUUCAUUCAUUCGAGAAGUCUCGCAACAGGUUGGAGGUUCCUCGGGCUGAGAAGCUUGUGCGGUGCCACUAGAUGGAGCAGGACCCGGUUGCCGUGUCCGAGGACAAGAUGGGAGGACCUUCCGACGAGACGCGCCGGGUUGGCGGAGGAGGUGGCACGGAGCCGUCGUGGCGGACCGCCCGUCGCAGCGCAACGUAGUCUGGGAGGUUCACUAGAGGCAGUGUCAGGAGAUUUUUUGGCGCAGGGGGGUCAUGGUUCGCAACUGUUAUCGGACAGCGUGUCAUCAGUCCAUCCACCGGACGAGGGCCCGCAGCGAGAGCCACAUCGAGGCCCAGCGGAUACUUUAGAGGCGAGGCCUCUCGGAGUUAUCCACUCGGAUGGAGGCGAGGGCGUGAGCCAGGACACGGCGCAGCCAGGGAGCGCAGAUGGUGGACGGUCCUUCGGGGGGGGCAUCGAGCGCAGAGGGUCAUCGACCGCACACCCGAGCAUUGUUAGGCCCAGCACACACUGGCAUGACGUUGGAGACGGGCAUACAGAUGAGCCUCGACCGCAUCUGAUGGGGAUGCAUGACAUCAUGUGUCCACCACCCUCACGCCUCCCUGUCGUUGACCCCGCCGCCCACGGGCAGGCCGCGCCGAGCGCAUUGCCUAUGAGGUCUUUCUACGAUGGUGCGGGCAUGGACCGGAAGGCAGGCGAUAUGGGACAGACAUCAACAUGCGGACCGGCAGAUGUGCCCGCGGGGGCGCGAUCAAUCGGCAACGUCAAUGGCACUUGUCACGAUUCCAUGAGGGCUUACGAGGAGCAGCAUGGGAGGCCUAUACGGGCCAAGACGACCGAUGUCCACGACACCAGGAUGGCAACUGCGAGGCUGUCACGGGCGAGGAAGAAAGGAACAGGUGUGUCGAUUCCGUAUCACCGACGCCGCCCGCAACCUUUUUUCCGCAACAGAGACAAGAUCAGACAGAUGUCAGCUGCCGCAGAUGGACAGGGGGGGCCAGAGGGAGGUGACAGAGUGGACGAAUCAGGUCGAGGUGAGAAGAGACGAGGCGGCACGAUCAUCAUCCACGACGACAGUUGCACGGCCGCUGAGGGCGGUGAGAUCACAGGCGCCGACGAUCCUGAUAACUCCGAUUACGUCCCGAGGAUCCGAACGGCAGACGGAGUUGACGCCGGAGGUCGUCGCGGUGUUGGGGUUGAGGCGCUACCCCUUUCAGGGUAGCGCAACAGGAGGUUAUUUUAGUUGAACGAUGCUCUGAGUUCAAUAAACAGUGUUAAUACUG